AUGGAUGGAAAACAUGUAACUUUACAGGCUCCACCGAAUUCCGGCUCGACAUAUUUCAAUUACAAAGGAAAUCAUAGUAUUAAUCUUCUAGCAAUUAGCGACGCCAAAUAUCGCUUUAUUGUUGUCGACAUCGGAGGCGAAGGCAGACAGAGCGAUGGAGGAGUUUUUCGGAACAGUCUUAUUAGAAAUUACAUCGCAAGUGGUUCAUUAAAGCUGCCAAAUCUGAAGCCAAUUGAAGUUGAUGGAUUAGUUCUCCCUUAUGUGCUGCUAGCAGAUGAAGCCUUUCCAUUGACAAACUUUAUAAUGAGGCCGUACCCACGAAAUGACAGAUUGGACUUGUCAAAAAAAGUAUUUAACUACAGGCUUAGUAGAGCAAGGAGAGUGGUAGAAAGUCCUUUUGGAAUAUUGGCAGAGAGAUGGAGAAUCUACAGAAAGCCGAUAAUAUCAAGUAUUGCUAAUGCAAAGAAAAUUGUGCAAGCAACAGUAGUGUUGCAUAAUUUUAUUAUUAACAAUGAAGAACAAUUGCAAUUACCAUGUAGCUAUUUAGAAGCAUAUAAAACUAUUAUUUUGUAA